UCUGUGUGGAAAAUAACUUUAGCAUCGCCACGCGAAUAUUGUUUCGUUUAUUUUUUGCAUAUAAAUUAUACAUCAACUAAUCAAAAUCGCACAUAAUUCAAUAUGGCACACUUGGUGAAAAUGGAAAACGGCCAAAGCCAGACCAUACAAGAAAUGUUGGGCUGCAUUGAGCGCUACAAUCCGGAUCACUUAAAAAUACUGGAAUCUUACGUCCAGGACCAGGCCAAGAACAAUACCUACGAUCUGGAGGCAAAUCUCGCUGUACUCAAGCUAUAUCAGUUCAAUCCGCACAUGCUCAACUUUGACAUCACCUACACGAUUCUGCUGAAGUGCCUGACGAACUUGCCCCACACAGAUUUCGUUAUGGCCAAGUGCCUGUUGCUGCCCCAGCAGAUGAAGGAUGAGAAUGUCCAGACCAUUAUCGAUUUGGCAGACAUACUGGAGCGCGCUGACUUCACUUUGUUCUGGCAACGCGCUGAAGUCAAUCGCACCAUGUUCCGCCAUAUAACCGGCUUCCAUGAUUCCAUACGCAAAUUUGUCUCGCAUGUAGUGGGAACCACGUUCCAGACAAUCAAGAAGGAUUUGCUGAAGGAGCUGUUGGGCGGCAUCGAGGACUCGACACUGGAGAACUGGAUUAAACGCAAUGGUUGGAAGCAUCAGGGACACGAUCUCGUCGUCGUCGCAACGCAGGACGAUAAAAUCAAGACCAAGAACAUUACGGAGAAGAUCGAGUUCGAGAAUGUGGGUGCACUGAUGGCACAAUGUAUCUAAGCUUAAAUAAGGUUUAAAUUUUAUACGGUUAAGUGACGCUCUAUAUAUGCCAAUAAAAUCCAGGCACAUCUUACAACAUA